CAGCAACACAGCCAUGGGACCUAAACAAUCCAAAUCUGAUCAACCUCAACUUCUCAGCGAACCAUGGAGGAAAAUAAACUGGCAAGACAAGCAGAGUGCCCUGAAGUAUGUACAGGACUACAAACCUCAUAUUGAAGGCCAGCAGCUCAGGAUUCUGCUUCAUGGGCCGCCUGGAGCUGGAAAAUCUAGUUUCAUCAACUCUGUUAAGAGUGUCUUACGACAAAGGAUGUGUAACCUGGCUUUGGUGGAUAACACCAGUGGUGAUUCUUUCACCCAAAAGUUCACAACCUACAAGAUCCAAAAAGGAAACCCAGACUCCUUUUAUCCUUUUGUCUUCAAUGACAUUAUGGGCCUGGAUGCAAGCAGCGAGGUCCUUGUGGACGAUGUGAAACUGGCUUUAAAGGGGCAUGUGAAGAACGGUUAUGUGUUCAAUCCUAGAGCUAAGUUGUCAGAAGGUGAUCAAUUCUACAACAAAAACCCAUCUUCCAACGACAAAGUGCAUGUUCUGGUUUGUGUCGUUCCUGCCGACACAGCAACUGUAGCACAAGACGAAACUAUGAAGAGGCUUCGGGAAAUCAGAUUGGAAGCCCGUGACCUUGGGAUUCCUCAAGUGGCCAUCAUCACCAAAAUUGAUAAGGUCUGUCCUGAACUCAGAGAUGAUUUAAAGAAUGUUUACAAGACCAAGGCUCUGAAGCAAAAGAUGGAGCAGUUCAGUGUAGACAUGGGUAUUCCAAUGAACUGCAUCUUCCCUGUGAAGAACUACCACGAAGAAAUCGAUCUCAAUGAUGACACUGACUUAAUGAUCCUCAGCACCCUGAAAUACCUUAUCAACUUCGGAGAAGACUUCAUCAACUUCAAGCAUCAGUCCGAACAGUCAGACACAUAUGCUUAAACACAAAAAGAAAAUGGCCGAGGACUAUUCAGGAUUUACUUUUCCCUGAUUUGCUUGCUUGAUUUUUAUUUGAAUUUGCUUUGAAAAUAUCUUAAUCUCACUCUCUAGCUUUGGGCAAAUGUGUGUUAAAUGAUGCAAAACAACUUGAAUAUCUGACUAAAUACAUUAAUGGAUUAUUACAGCCAUAAAAACAUACAGUCUUGGAUUUAAACAUUUCAGUCAAUGUAAACAUAAUAUGUCUUCAAUAAAAACUAUUUUGAUUA